GAGAGGAGGAGGGGGGGGGAGCGGGCAGCUCGAGCGCCUGGGCCCCGCGCGCCAGCCAGUCAGCGCGUGAGCGGCCCCGCACCGCCUCUCUUUUUCUCCCCCCCCCCACUCCUCCCUCUCCUCAGAGCGCCUGCGUACGGGCGCGCGGGCCUCUCUGCCACCUUCUUUCCUCCCCCCCCCCUUUUUUUUUCGCCCGCGGCGCGAGCCCAGAAGAGGCAACGGCUGUGGUGGCGACGGCGGCCGCCAUGGCCCAGCGGGGGCCCAGACGCGGGCCGAGAUAGGGGGGGUGGGCUGUGGCGGAGGCGGCCUCCAGCCCGGUUGGGGGGAACACGGAAAAAAACCUCUGCCUCCCACAUAGAAAUAGGUAGAGAGACACACACACCUUACUGCCGGGCCCGGAAAAGGGGAGGGCCCCACCAAAAGCAGGUCCCUUUUGAUUUCUCAUACUGUGGAUUCUGGCAAAAAAGCAAAAAGAUGGGUGUCAAAACAUUUACCCACAAUUCCCCCGCACACAGCCAGGAGAUGCUCGGGAAGCUGAACAUGUUGCGUAACGAUGGGCAUUUCUGCGACAUCACCAUUCGUGUGCAAGACAAGAUCUUCAGGGCACACAAAGUGGUGUUGGCAGCCUGCAGUGACUUUUUCCGUUCCAAGCUGGUUGGACAAGCAGAAGAGGACAGCAAAAGUGUACUGGACUUGCAUCAUGUGACUGUAACCGGGUUCAUGCCUCUUCUGGAAUAUGCAUACACAGCAACACUGUCGAUUAACACAGAAAAUAUUAUCGAUGUCUUGGCCGCAGCUAGCUAUAUGCAAAUGUUCAGUGUUGCUAGCACCUGUUCUGAGUUCAUGAAGUCAAGCAUUUUAUGGAACACUCCCAGUAGCCAGCAAGAAAAGGUGCUAGAUACAGGACAGGAAAACAGUGCAAACUGCAACUUUACCUCUCGAGAUGGCAGCCUUUCUCCAGUUUCUUCAGAAUGCAGCAUGGUAGAAAGAACCAUUCCUGUCUGCCGAGAGUCACGGCGGAAGCGCAAAAGCUACAUAGUCAUGUCUCCUGGAAGCCCACUUAAAUGUAGCACUCAAACAAACUCCCCACAGGUUCUGAAUCCUUCAGCUUCCUAUGCAGAGUCUAGAAGUCACCCUGUAGACUCUUCCUUGUCUUUUCCUUGGACUUUCCCUUUUGGAAUUGACCGAAGGCUUCAGUCAGAGAAGGUGAAGCAAGUAGAAAAUUCUCGGACUCUAGAAGUGCCUGGCCCAGCAGAAGCAUCCAGAAGAAUUACUGAUUAUGUGACUUGUGAGAGCACAAAGGUCAGUUCCCCUCUGGUGAUUGAAGAAGAUGUGCGUGUCAAAGUGGAAAGGUUAAGUGAUGAGGAAGUUCACGAGGAGGUGUCACAGCCUGUCAGCGCAUCCCAGAGUUCCCUGAGCGAUCAGCAGACGGUUCCUGGAAGCGAGCAAGUUCAGGAAGACCUUUUGAUCAGCCCGCAGUCAUCUUCUAUAGGUUCAAUAGAUGAAGGAGUCAGUGAGGGGCUGCCAACACUCCAAAGUACCUCUGGUGGUAAUGUUCAUGAUGAUGAUCGAUUGGAGACUGUCCAGUAUCCUUACCAGCUCUAUAUUACUCCUUCAACCAGUAGCAUAGAGAGGCCCAGCCCAAAUGGUCCUGAUAGACCUUUUCAGUGCCCAACUUGUGGUGUUCGAUUCACUCGUAUUCAGAACUUAAAACAGCACAUGCUCAUUCACUCAGGCAUUAAACCAUUUCAGUGUGACCGCUGUGGGAAAAAGUUCACCCGGGCUUACUCGCUAAAGAUGCAUCGCCUGAAGCACGAAGGUAAACGCUGUUUCCGGUGCCAGAUAUGUAGUGCCACUUUCACUUCCUUCGGGGAAUAUAAACACCACAUGCGGGUUUCCCGGCACAUUAUCCGCAAGCCUCGGAUUUACGAGUGCAAAACAUGUGGCGCCAUGUUCACCAACUCUGGAAAUUUAAUCGUUCAUCUGAGGAGUCUGAACCAUGAAGCGUCAGAGCUAGCAAACUACUUCCAGAGCAGUGAUUUCCUAGUACCGGACUACUUAAAUCAAGAACAAGAAGAGACCCUCGGCCAGUAUGAGCUAGGAGAGCACGGAUUUGAAAGCAGCUCCUCUGUCCAAAUGCCUGUCAUUUCGCAGGUCUCAUCAACUCAGAAUUGUGAAAGCACUUUCCCCUUGGGGCCUCUGGGUGGGUUGGCAGAGAAGGAGGAAGACAUGCCAGAGCAGCCAAAGACUAUUGUAAGUGCCGAGGCAAGCCGAGAUGAACCCCCGAAACCGGGGCUCUCGGCUAUUACUAUUGAGUAAGUCAGAGGUUGGUUUCAUUUUUGUCUUUUUGGAAAGUGCCUGUGUUUGGUCUUGUACAUUUUAAUUUAAUUUUCAGAAUGGAGUGGGGGAGAAUGCAUCCCCUUUAUUAUUUUGUAAGCUAUGCUGUUAAAACCAUAAACUGCAAGAGACAUUUACACUAUUUUCACAAUUGAGCAGCCACUUCCACAGAAACAUUCAAGGCUGAAAUGCACAGUAAAAAUUUUCUCUGAACAUCACAUGCACUUCUAAAGAAAAACCAAGCACACACAAGCUCCAAUUAUUCUGCAGUUAGCACCAAUCACUGAGAGAUUCUUUCUUCCCCACCCCCCACCCCCACCCUGGUUUUUGCAGAACUUCUUGAAAAGAAGGGAGAUUGAUGGCUCUCAAAAUGACAAAUAAUGUGUCAAGCACUGAACAGACAUUUGAUGAACACUGGGUAAUCAUUUGAGUAUUUUCGCGUAAGGAAUUGCUUUGGUCUUUUACUUUUCUUGGGCAUGCAGUAACUGUUACUGAAACUUACAAGACCUCCUCUGUUUUUUAAAAGUGGAUGAUUGAUUGGAUUUGGCAAAGCAAGGAGAGGGAACAUGCCCCAGUAUGUUCACCUCUGGUAUGCCACUCCUUUUUAGAAACUGUUCGUUGAAAUGGCCUUAUCUGGAUUUUAUUCUCUGAAGUCUAACUGUUCUCUCUGGUCAAGAAAUCCCAGUGAUGUUCAGUAACUUGGGAUAGUGAGAAAGAGUGACAAAGGAGAGAGUUUACAAAGGGCAAAAAAAAGAAGAGUUUUUGUGCAUUAAUGCGGUUAUACAUCUUUGUGUGUACUUACCGUGGUUUUAUUAGUCUGUUUUAGAUUAAAAAAACAAGCAGUUUAUUUUCUUUUUUGAGGCCAAGUUUCUAACCCAAAUGGGUUUGUUUACAAAAGGCCUGUUAGCAAUGAUAAAAUGUUCUUAUUCUAAAACAUUUUUUAUACCCUUGGCCAAGCUGGUUUCAUAAAAGCCAUUCCUCCAGCUUGCAUACAUGGCUCCAGCAAGCAAUAAUCUGAAAGACUUGCCAUUUCAAA